GGUCAUGGUGGUUGUAUACCCCUGAGAGAGAAGAUGGCCGACGAUCAGAUACAGUUUGAAACGUUAUUAAACACACUAUUAAAUCCAGAAAAUGAGAUUCGGACAAAAGCUGAGGAAGCAUAUGAUGGCGUACCAGCGGUAUCAAAGUUGCCAUAUUUAGUCACUGCCUUGAAGAACAGAAACUUGUCUGUUGAGGUCAGGACACUUGCACCUGUGCUGCUACGGCGUUUAUUUGCAAACAAUUUCGAAGAGUUUUGGCCCCAGGUUCCAGCAAACAUCCAGAAUGCAGUCAAAGAGCAGAUCUUGGUUCUUAUCCAAGAAGAGGACACGCCAGCAGUCCGCAAGAAAAUCUGUGAUGCCGCAGCCGAACUGGCCAGAAAUCUGAUCGAUGAUGAAGACAACAUGACAUGGCCAGAGGUUCUGAAGUACAUGUUUGAGUGUGCUAAUUCCCCAGACUCAGGACUCAGGAGUUGUGCUCUCCAUAUAUUUGGCCAAGUUCCUGGGAUAUUUGGCAACCAACAAGCUCACUACUUAGAUGUCAUCAAACAAAUGUUGUCGAGGUGUUUGAAUGACACUGAGAAUCCCGAGGUGCAAGCCGAGGCCGUGAAAGCCAUGACAGCCUUCCUGUCAGCUAAUGACAACUCUCCUCAACUCAUGGGGCAGUUCAAAGAUCUUAUCCCACCCAUGAUACAAUUGAUAAAUGUUAGCCUGAGUGCACAGGAAGAUGAUAGUCUGCUCAAGUGCUUGAUUGAACUGGCUGAAAACGUUCCAAAAGUUCUAAGGCCCCACAUGGAAACGGUCUUUCCGUUUUGUCUGAAGGUGGUUUCGGACUGCAGUCUGGAUGACUCGUGGAGACAGCUGGGUCUGGAAGUGAUUGUCACCUUGUCAGAGACCGCACCUGCCAUGGUCCGGAAAAAUGCAAAGUUCAUGCCUCUAUUAGUACCCCAGGUUUUGGCCAUGAUGGUUGAUUUAGAAGAGGAACCUGAUUGGUCGAUGCAAGAUGAACCUGAGGAAGAGGAUACAGAUAGCAAUGCGAUAGCAUCAGAGAGUGCCUUAGACAGGAUGGCUUGCGCUUUGGGAGGGAAGACUAUGCUGCCACACAUCUUGUCCAAUGUGCCCCAGAUGUUGCAAAACAAUGACUGGCGGUACAGACACGCAGCCUUGAUGGCCAUAUCAGCCUGCGGGGAGGGCUGCCACCAACAGAUGGAGACCAUGCUAGGGAAUGUGCUGGAGGCCAUCUUACCAUUUCUUAAAGACCCACACCCAAGAGUUCGGUAUGCAUCCUGCAAUGCCCUAGGACAGAUGUGUACAGACUUUGGCCCCCUCUUUCAGAAAAAAUUCCAUGAAAAAUUAGUUCCCAGUUUACUACAAAUUUUGGAUGACAACAGCAAUCCUCGAGUUCAGGCCCAUGGUGCAGCAGCCCUGGUAAACUUCAGUGAAGAAUGUCCAAAAGUGAUCUUAUCACAAUACCUGGACGUCAUCAUCCUCAAAUUGGAGGAGGUUCUCAACAGCAAAUUCAAAGAGCUGAUGGAGAAAGGAACAAAGAUGGUAUUGGAGCAGAUAGUGACUACCUUAGCAUCAGUGGCUGACACUGCAGAGGAGAAAUUUAUUUCCCACUAUGACCGCUUCAUGCCCUGCCUGAAGUACAUUGUACAGAACGCCGUCCAACAAGAGUUACGGUUACUGAGGGGCAAAACCAUUGAGUGUAUCAGUUUGAUAGGACUGGCAGUUGGAAAAGAAAAGUUUUUACAAGACUGCAGUGAUGUGAUGCAGCUUCUCCUGAAACACCAGACUUCACCUGAUGAAUUGGCAGAUGAUGACCCACAGCUUUCCUACCUUAUCUCUGCCUGGGCCAGAAUGUGUAAAAUCCUGGGGAAGGACUUCCAGCAGUACCUGCCUAUUGUUAUGGGACCUGUUCUUAAAGCGGCAUCACUCAAACCAGAAGUCGCCUUGUUGGACAGUGAUGAAAUCAAAGACAUGGAGAGUGACACAGAGUGGCAGUUUGUAACUGUUGGUGACCAGCAAAGUUUUGGAAUAAGAACAGCUGGUCUGGAAGAGAAGGCUACCGCCUGUCAGAUGUUGGUGUGUUAUGCUCGCGAAUUGAAGGAAGGCUUUGCCGAAUAUGCAGAGGAGGUGGUCAAAAUCAUGGUUCCAUUGCUCAAGUUCUACUUCCAUGAUGAUAUCAGGAUAGCUGCAUCAGAAAGUUUGCCUUACCUGAUCGAAUGUGCUAAGAUCAGAGGAGACCAGUACGUGGCUGAGAUGUGGCAGUUUAUAUGUCCCAGUCUUCUGAAAGCCAUCGAGAUCGAACCAGAAAACACCGUGCUACCCGAGCACAUGAACUCAUUAGCAAAGUGUAUUGAGAAGUUAGGCCGGGGCUGUUUGUCAACAGAGAACCUACAACACCUAAUGCAACUGAUGGACAAACAGCUGCAGACACACUUCAAGAGACAGGAGGAUAGACAGGAAAAACGAAGAGAUGAAGACUAUGAUGAAGAUGUUGAAGAGACUUUACUAGAUGAGGAUGACGAGGAUGUGUAUAUACUGAGCAAGAUUUCUGAUACUGUCCACUCCCUCUUUGGAACGCACAAAGAAGAAUUUCUGCCAAUGUUUGAACAACUUCUCCACCAUUUUGUCAAGUUACUGUCCGCGGAGCGACCGGCUCCAGACAAGCAGUGGGGACUAUGUAUCUGGGACGAUGUGUUGGAGCACUGCGGACCUCAUUCUGUGAAGUAUCAGGAGUACUUCCUGAAGAGCAUGCUGGGAUACGUGUGUGACACCCAGCCAGAGAUCAGACAGGCCGCAGCCUAUGGGGUGGGCGUGAUGGCCCAGUUUGGCACAGAGUUAUACGCUGCCACUUGUGCCGAGGCAUUGCCAUUGCUUGUUAAAGUGAUCCAGGACCCUGAAUCUCGAGCUGAGGAGAAUAUCAACCCCACAGAGAAUGCCAUCUCGGCCGUCACCAAGAUCUGUAAAUACAACAGCAGCCAGAUCAACCUCAAUGAGGUGCUUCCUCUCUGGUUCAGCUGGCUGCCUGUGUGGGAGGAUGAGGAUGAGGCGGUCCAUAUCUACAACUAUCUCUGUGAUCUUAUUGAGGGAAACCAUCCAUUGAUACUGGGCACCAACAAUGAGAACCUGCCGCGGGUAAUCAGCAUCAUUGGGGAAGCCCUGAGUCGUGAGGCGGUGGACAAGGAGAGCGACUGUUAUCCUCGAAUGUUGAACAUUGUCCGGCAACUCCAAGGAAACCAGGAGUUAUUCCAUGCCUGUAUACAACAACUAUCAGAAGAACAGAAAGAAGCACUGUCGAACGCUCUGUCUAAUGGUUGACCCUCUACAAACAUUAGUUGCUAUCCCAGACUUUAAAACUUUAUAGUGGUGUGUGGCAAAACAUGAAGAGUUUGUGUGAUCCAGCUUGGAUGAUCUGCUUCGCUUUUUAACAUUGCUGAAGACCAGGGCUUUCAUAAAACAUUCAGGAUUCAAUCCUACAAACUAACUCUGUGCAAUUGUUAUGGAUGCUGUGCAUGUGUGAGAAUGAGAGAGAGAUGGGGAGAGAGAGAAAGAGGAGAGGGAGAGAGAAACCCAUGAAUACUGCGUGAGCUUGGGCAAACCAAAGGUCGGACUUUCUGCUUCCAAUGGAGUGCAAACUCACCAAACUAGGAAUUUCAACAGAUUUCAAAACCCACUUUUAAUAUAAAUAGUUUACCAAUUUGUAAAAACUUGAAUUGUAGAUAAAAAUUUGGAAGGAUUUGAAAUAUUGUGUGAAAUCAGUCUUGGUGUAGUAUUCUAUACUCCAAUUCUAUACAUCUGCAUUGACCUGGAGAAUCUUCAGAUUGCAGAAAAAAUAUCUGCCGUAUUUUUGUUUUUUGAUUGUUUGACCAUUAAAAUUUUGAAGGAUUUUUUAUUAAAUUUAAUGAUGUUUCAAACUGAGUACUUUUUAAAAUGUUCUUUUAAAAUACAUGUACAAUCGAUGGUAAAACCUGAUGUGAAGUAUAGUUCAAUGAUCCUAUUUAUAGAAAAGAGGAAACUCAAAAGGAUAAAAAACAAUUCUUUUUUUUCUAUAAAGUGAAUGUCUGGGUAAACAUUUUGCAUUCUGUAAUUAUUUAAAUUUGUUUUGGAAAGUGUUUAUCUGCAGUAAAGCAAAAUUGAUGUAAGAUUAUUCAGAGGGAUGAUGAGCCAUAUGGAAAUUAAAAAAAAGAAAAGGAUGUAGAAUCAAUUAAUUUGGUAAAGUGUUAGAUAUUUGAAAUCAUGAACAUUUUAAAAAGAAUUGCUUGUAGAUUUUAGUUUCAUAGUGAAGGGUAUAUACCUGUCUGUAUUAAAAAAAAAAAAAACUAAAGGGUUGUGAUACUGUUAAUGUAGGUAGCAAAAUAUGCUUGUAAAAUUAAGUUUUAACACUAGCUGUUAAUAUUUCUUUUUUUUUCAUACUUGAAUGUUACAGAAUUGAUUCAUUGAAGUGCUUUUCUUAAGAGUAAUUUGUUCAUUUGUAUAAUAAUGAACUCAGCCUUAUCUAAUUGAUAUUUUUUUUCCAUUCAUGAAAGAAAGUGUGGUUUGUUGUUAAUGAAUAUGAUGAACACUGCUUAUUGUUGUUGUUAAGUUUGGCCUUUUUCCUCCUUUUAUUACUAUAUCUAUUAUGUUAAACACUCCUUAACACUUCUCUGUGUGAGAAAAAGCACAACCGCAGUAUCAAUGUCAAUAAAACCAUCAUUGAAAUGUCUUUUGAAAUUAUAUUAUGGGAGGAAAAAGACACUGCAUGUUAAUCCCAUUGUUUUCUCCGUCUUUUGGAGAUAUUUUAAAGUAUGAGCAUUUUAACAAACUAGAGUUUGGAUUAGGCAUACCAAGAUACCUCAUGAUAGUGUUAUGUAGUUGCAUUGAAUGAGAUUUCAUAGGUAAUACUGAUAGUCAUUGUCAAUGGGGGGAAAAAACUUGCUCUGUAAUACUAUGUUCACAAACUGAGUCAUUGCUUUAUUUUACAUGUUGAAUUCUACAUAAAAUGACAUAAUUAUAGAUUUGAGGGUUGUUAUCUUAGAUUUAUAUGAUAGAGGUAUCUACCAAUUAGUGUCCAUUUGUGUAAACUAGACACUUGAAGAUUGCAGUGGCAGAUAUUAUGCAAUGGGCAUUAAAAGAUGUUAAAAUGUAA